AAAAAAAUUAUUUUUUUACUUUCAUCGAUUUCCAUUUUUCUUCGUUGAUUUGUUUCAAAAUCGCCGUUCGUUUUGUCUGAUUUCGCACUUUCUCCCUUUUUUUUUAAAUAUGUAAAAACUGUUAAAAAAAAUUUAAAAUAAAUCUGUUUUUUUCUCGCGUUUUUCUCCCUCUCUCUCAAAUAAAUCGGUACACGUGCAUGUAGUUCUCAUCCGUUCUCUUCAUUAAGGGCUACAUAGUCUUUUCCAUUUAUUUUAAGAGUAAAGAAGAUUUUUGCUAAUAGAUUAUAUUUUUAAGGUGUACCCAUGAAAUAGAAGCGACAGGAACAGUGUAUUUGAGAAAAAAUGCCCACUCUUUUGGUGUUGAGAAUUCUUUUGUCCGGUGACCGGAGAUUAAUUUUCCGGCGAAAUGGACCAAUCUUGGCGUAUGAGGAUGGGCUUUGACCCGUUCUCCCCCGUCACCAAUCCGUGGACCAAACCUUCUCCGCCGCAUCCUCCGUGGAUGCCGACCACCCUCCGCCGACCAUUUUCACUCGGAGAUUUUCCGGCGACUUCACGCGGUCCAACUCCUUCUACGACGAGGUUUUCCAGUCGCCGGAGUUCGGAUCCCGGAAGCUUCCGGCCUUCAAACCUCACGGGCGUAAUUUCCCAGCGUUCAGGAUUCCCGCCGGCGGAUACGGGUUUCACGUCGGAGGAGCCGGUGGCCGGAGAACAACGACGGAGAGGUCCCAGACGAAGCUGAGGUCAACUGCGGUCUCCGGAGAUGACGUGGCACCGACUUCCUUCACUUCUAAGCUCAGGUAAAUUUACUUAAUUGAUCCUCCAACCACGCGGACUCAUUGAACAACUGACGAGGGUAAAGCACCUUUAACCAAAAAAAACCAAAACAAAAAACUGACGAGGGUGAUUUAGUCAUUUCACGUGAUCUAUUCCUAUUUUUUGUUCCUUUCAGAAAACUGAAUAUUUGGUCGAGAAGGAGAACAGGACACCAUCCGGAACCGAAGAAACAGGACAUUCCGGCAUUCGGACAAGCCGGAGAUUCCUUCUCCGGCAACAAAAACAUGGCGGAAAAUGCAGAUUUCUACUAUGGCGGUGCCCGGAGAGCCUCCCCCGAGACAAAAAGCCUGGACGGUUCUGGACCGAGCUCUCGUGCAUCAUCCUCUCCUCCUCCCUCUGUUUGCGAGAAGAUCGAAAUGGAACAGAGGGAAGAUGAUGAUGAUGAAUACGAAGUGACGAACUCGUACGGGACCGAUGACUACAAUCAUUACCAUGGAAGAGGAAGUUCGAAUUCGAUUGAUAUAGAAGAAGCUAUCGCCUGGGCAAAAGAGAGAUUUCUCCGUCCGGACACGAAGCCACAGUUUACUGAAACAGAGUGUAGAUCCUAUGAAGGAAGUUUUGGGAAUUCAACAUGGAAACCAACCACAACAGAAGACAAAGAAGAAAGCAACUCUUAGAUCAAGGAAGAGGAAGAGAAAUCAGACGAACAAGUGAGCGAGAUUCUCUGAGAAAAUCAGUAAAACCUCUGUUUCUGUGCUAUCUCUGAAUAGGAACUUACGGGGAAAAUCUGGCAGGUGGAGAUGGAGAAGGAAGAAGAGAUAACACGUUGGUUAACCGGAAAGGAAACCAACAUCAGAUUCCUGCUCUCAUCUCUCCACCACGUAAAUUCACAAACUCUGCUUCCAAACCGCAAUUCAAGAAACCCGACCCUGCAUAUACUGACAUUUUUGGGUUUUGCAGAUUCUUUGGCCCGGGAGCGGAUGGUACGAAAUUACUCUGGCGAAUCUGCGAGAAGGAACACAAGUGAAGAAGGCAUACCAGAAGGCUCGGCUAUGUCUGCACCCAGAUAAGUUGCAGCAGAGAGGAGCCUCACCGCCUCAUAAGUACAUCGCCAAGAGAGUCUUCGUUAUUCUUCAGGUACGUAUCUGAAGAAAUUUCGGAUUUUGACACGAACCCGACCGAGAUACUGGUUUAGCCCAGAUCUCAAAGCUUCAGUUGUUGGUUUGAUCUGGUUAUGUCUGUCAGGAUGCAUGGGCGGCAUAUGUAUCAAGAGAAGGGUUCUCGAGCUAGACCAGUCGGUUCAAGGCACUCCGGUUUCAGUAUAAACCGUAAUAUGCUCACCAAAUCAUCAGGUUUGUCACGGGUUAAAUUCCAGGUUGAGUACCAUGUAAGAAGAAUAUCAAAUGAAAAGUUUGGUUCUUUUUAUGUAAAAUAAGUCAGAUGAAGACUCCCUAUGUUCUUUUUUUCUUUCUUCCAUAAUCCAUGUUCUACAUGAACACCAAGCUACUUGAACAAAAAUUAUUUUCGACACCAAACAAAUGGAACAUAUGUAAAUAAACUCUACGAAUCGAAUGAAAAUGAA